AUGGGUCAAAGUACCGGAGCAGUGAAUCAAUACAUUUCACUUCUCUUCAAUUAUCUCACCAUUUCACAAUGUUCUCUUUCGUCUCCGGAAACGUGGCCCAGAGAUUAUGGAGAUAUUGCGAUUAGAAAAGGUUUUGAGGAAUAUGACUUCAUUAUCGUUGGCGCGGGAUCUGCUGGUUGUGUUCUUGCCAAUCGUCUCAGUGAAAAUCCACGAUGGAAAAUCCUCUUGUUGGAAGCAGGAGGAGAUCCUCCGAUCGAGUCAGCGAUACCCGGACUAAUGUUGACUUUGAUGAAGACACAAUAUGACUGGCAAUAUUAUAUGGAACUGUCGGAGAAACCGAACUUCAAUAGAGUAAAUCUUGGCUAUUGGCCAAGAGGAAAGAUGUUGGGAGGAUCGAGUUCGAUGAACGGAAUGCUUUAUGUGAGAGGAAACGAAGACGAUUACGAUAACUGGGAAGCGCUCGGAAAUCCAACUUGGGGAUUCGCAAACGUCUUGGAAUAUUUCAAGAAAUCCGAGCAAAAUCACAAUCCGGAAAUCGCUGACGCUUUCGGAGGAUUUUAUCACUCAAAGGACGGUUUAUUGUCCGUCGAACUGUACAAGAAUAACGACACAUUUAAUCAGGACUUCAUUGAAUCAGCACAAGAAAUGGGAUUCAAAUUCAUUUUAGACAUUAAUGCAAAUGAACAUAUUGGAUUCACAUUCUCGCAAGGAACCAUCAGAUCAGGAGUUCGAGAAAGCACGGCGAAGGCUUUUUUGAUUCCAGCCAUGAAUCGUCCUAAUUUACACAUCGUCAAGCACGCGCAUGUUACGAAACUGGAGAUUGAUAAUAGAGGAGUCGUUUCAGGUGUGUCAAUGAAACUUCGAGGACAAACUGAAUUGAAGGCUUUUGCGAAUAAGGAAGUGAUCUUAAGUGCUGGAGCCAUAAAUUCCCCGCAAAUUCUCAUGUUAUCAGGAAUCGGACCUGCUUCUCAUCUUCAAGAAAUGGGAAUUCCAAUGAUCAGAAAUCUCCAGGUCGGAAAGAACUUACAGGAUCAUAUGAUGAUUCCGCUAAUAGUGAAGCUUGAUCGAUCCACGGCAACUCCUGUAAAUCCUACAGGAAUUCUAGAAAGUUUUGCCGAGUAUUUAAUGCGUCACACCGGAACUUUGGCCACAACAGGAACGAUUCAAACAAUUGGAUAUGUCAAUGUUCAUGAUCCUUUGUCCAGCCACGAAGCUGAACUUUUCAUCAUUCCAAUUCCCGAAUGUGAUUUAUUGACUUUUGACAGUGACGAAUACUGGGAAUGUUAUUGUCGUGUCACAAUAACGACAGUUUUUCAUCCCGUGGGGACGGCCAAAAUGGGUCCUGACUCUGAUCCUGACGCCGUUGUCGAUUACAGAUUGCGAGUCAAAGGCGUUAAAGGCUUGCGAGUCAUUGACGCAAGUGUAAUGCCAAUAAUUCCUAGUGGAAAUACAAAUGCGCCAACAAUCAUGGUUGCGGAAAAAGGUGCAGAUUUCAUCAAAGAAGAUUGGUGA